CAUCAAUCUACUCUGGGCCUUAAUGGCCUCUCUUCCUUUCCUCUACCUUCUCUCUUCUCCUCCUUUGCUUCAAGUUCUUAUUGGUUUUCAACUAUUACCAUCUCCCAUCCCUAAGUUCAAGCCUUAGUUAUUAAAAAAAAAGUUCAAGCCUAAAGCCUUUUUUAGACUUUGGCAGACAACCUUAUUCUUCUUUGACUUCUUCUUCUCCUUCUCAUCCUCCUCCUCCUCCUCCUCCUUAAUUUUUGCUCUAUUCUAUAACCGGGGUCUUUACUUCUUUGCUUUGACUUUGACAAUUUGACUCCCUGCUGGCACCAUUAUUUUAUAGAUUGUCCUUUGAAAAUUGACUGUGAUACUGUUUUCGACUUACAUGUUCAUCUGGGUGAUUAUGUACCAUACAUGUAAGAUUAUCUUCUUUAGCUUUUGAUAUUUACCUCUGCAGAAGUUUCGUUUCUCGAGUUUCUUCUCAUAUAGUUUUCUGAAAUCAGUGUCUGAAGUUUUGAAGCUUUUUCUGAUCAACAAUGUCCAAAGAAAGCAGGGAUUCUAACCUGGGUGAUUUUGGGCUAGGUUAUCAUACCAGCCCUCCAGAAAAGGUUAGGAGAAGAUCAAGCAUGAGCAGCAGCUUUGAUGGAGAUUCAUUUUCGUCCAAGGAGCUCAUGCAGCUUGAUUGUGCCUUAACCUUAUCACUGGGUACUAAUAUAGUGCCUAAACCGAAGGAUGCAGAUUAUUGUUACUCAAUCCCUCCCCUCAUUGAAGAGGUGGAGGCGUUGAUCUUGGCCCGGGCUCCCAGGUCUGAGUACUGGAAGUUCUUCUUGGUGAACAAGCGCUUCUUGGCACUUUUGAAGAGUGGAGAGCUGUACAAGAUCAGGAGUGAACUCGGGCUCAAAGAGCUGUCUAUUUUCGUGUCCCCUUGCGGGGAGAGAAAAUGGUGGGAAUUCGACAGGCAGUUCAAGUCCUGCAGGAAGCUCCCUAUCUUACCCGCGGAUGAAACUUUCAUCCGCGGUGAUAGGGAAUCGCUUUGUGCAGGGACUCAUCUGCUAGUCUCUGGCAGAGAAAUUGAGGGGCUUGUUGUGUGGAGGUAUGAUAUGGAAGCAAACAUUUGGUCAAGGGGUCCUUCCAUGAUCAAUCCAAGGUGCUUGUUUGCUUCUGCUACAUGUGGUUCCUAUGGAUAUGUAGCCGGUGGGUUUGGAAUGGUAGCAACAGGUUGGGAAGUUAUGGAUUUCGCCGAGAGAUACAUUCCGCAGACCAAAUCCUGGGAGCCUCUUCCAAAUAUGAUAAAAAAGAGAAGGUAUUGCUCUGGCUGUUACAUGGACAACAAGUUUUAUGUGAUUGGCGGGAGAGACCCUGAUGGAAGAGGUCUCAGUUGCGCAGAAGCCUUUGAUAUGGAGAAGAAGACAUGGGAACUGAUCCCAGACAUGUUAGAAGUAGAUGAUGCUCAAGACCAAGCUUUGAAUAACCAAUCCCCGCCUCUCGUUGCGGUUGUGAACAACGAGCUCUACUCACUCGAAACCCGCACAAACGAGCUCAAGGUGCAUAUGAAGAGAAGCAAAUCAUGGAAGAAGUUGGGAACUGUUCCGGUGAGAGCUGAUACUACUCUAGGAUGGGGAAUAGCUUUUAAGUCGCUGGGGAAUGAGUUACUUGUCAUACAAUCUUCACAAUAUGGUCCUUCUCUGCUAUACACUUGCUGCCCUAAUCCAAAUGCUGAGGAGUUGCAGUGGGAAGCUCUUGAACAUGGCAAAAACCCUACCUGCUUCAUCGUCAAUUGUUCUGUCAUGGCAGCUUGAACUCGAACGUCGCUUACUAUCUUAGGAGUGAUUUCUAUCUUGCCCUUUGGCAAGUGUUACUUAAAUAAGGCUCGUCAUGACUACAAGCCAUUUGUGUUUGUUUGAGUAGCUCUUCUUUGCCGGUGUGUUU